AGCUGGUAGACGGAACAAGGAAACGACCUCUAGCCGGUCCAAUGACGUCACAGGUUCCUCGUUCAUUCAUAGAGCAGCUAUGUAAGAGGAGCAGCAGGACUACUCUCAAGGAUUUCGGUGUUUUUUAAUGGUCUCUGUGUCAAGCAAAGCUCCCUGUUGAUUCUCUACACAUCGGUAGAGAGAACCGGAUCACCAACAUGUCGGGGGAAGCAAGUUCUCCGGAUGGGAACGGCAAGGUUAGUCGGGUCAUCCGGAUUGGAACCCGCAAGAGCCAGUUGGCGCGCAUCCAGACUGACAGCGUGGCGGACAAGUUGCAAAAACUGAACCCCGACAUCCGCUUGGAAAUAGUCAGCAUGUCAACGAUAGGAGACAAAAUCCUUGACGUAGCUUUAUCAAAGAUCGGAGAGAAGAGUUUGUUCACCAAAGAGUUGGAGAAUGCUCUGGAGAAAAACGAGGUCGACCUGGUUGUUCACUCACUCAAAGACCUUCCCACCACUCUGCCUUCAGGAUUCACCAUCGGGGCUGUGCUGAAGAGAGAAAACCCCCAUGAUGCAGUGGUUUUACACCCUAAACACGCAGGAAAAGCUCUUGACACUCUGCCAGAAAACAGUGUGAUCGGCACCAGUUCACUGCGCCGCGCCGCUCAGCUGACGAAGAGGUUCCCCCACCUGAAGUUCAAAGAUAUUCGUGGGAACCUGAACACGCGUCUCAAGAAGCUGGAUGAGAAGGACGACUUUGCUGCCAUCAUCCUGGCUGCUGCCGGCCUCAAGAGAAUGGGCUGGGACAACCGGAUCAGCCAGAUCUUGGGGCCUGAAGACUGCAUGUAUGCUGUUGGACAGGGCGCUCUGGCAGUGGAGGUUCGGGCCAAAGAUGCAGACAUCCUGGAGAUGGUGUCUGUCCUCCAUGACCCGGACACUGUGCUGCGCUGCAUAGCUGAGAGAGCUUUCCUCAGACAACUGGAGGGUGGCUGCAGUGUUCCGGUGGCUGUAAACACUGAAGUGAAGGACUCCCAGCUCUACCUGACGGGGGCAGUUUACAGCCUGGACGGAUCAGACAGUCUGAAGGAAACCAUGCAGACUAGCAUUACUGCUGAUGACAAGAGCACAGAGGAGGUGGACGAGAGGGUCCAGCGAGUGGGAGUCACAGCCAGCAAGAUCUCGGGCGAAGCCCAGGACGGGGCUGAGCGACUGGGGUUGGACCUGGCCAACUUACUGCUGAGCAAAGGAGCCAAGGAGAUCCUGACGGUGGCCAGGCAGCUCAACGAUGCCAGAUAAUCCUGCUGCCGGCUGAGGGGGGCGGGGCUCCGGAGCUGACCGCCUGGUCCUCGAGUGCAGUCAGUCACAGCCUUGUGUCAAGUAAAAACUUGAAUUCCUUUUUUAUGUUACACAUUUUGACGAAUGGUGACUUUUGUGGUGCACUGAGCGAGCUCAGUCAAGGAUUUUAAAUACUACUUGGACCAAAGUUGUGCUCAGUGUGGUACAAUGCUGCUGUCAUUAUCAACUUGUUCAGUCUGUAAGCACUCUUGUUCUUGGUUCUUAGCACCUCAUGGAACCAGCUCCUGAGCCAUGUAGAAACCGCCUUACUGAGGUUAUCAGUGAGAAACACAAAACGGCCUUCAAACAUUGUCUUCAGCACUUACAGUACCAUCACUGGCUGAUAUCCUCAUCGUAAAACCCUUUUAUAGUAUCAGUAUAUUAAAUGGGAUGCCACUAAUAUUAAGCAUUCUCAUACAUGUUCCCCCAUAACCGAUGAUGUUUCAUCAGCAUCCAUCAUUGUUCCCCCACAAGCAGGAGAAAUUAACCCAGAGUUCCCCUCUCUCAGCUCCUAGCUGCAUUCUCAUUGGGAAAGGCUGAUUUCGAUGGUACCAAAGAUGAGUUUCCGAGCGCGUGUGCACAUUUUGUGGUUCGGAGCGUUUAACGCUGCAGCUUCGAAUGGGCCUCGUCUAGGUGUGAAAUUUGAGAAAUGUAAAUAUAAAUGUGAAUUCAGUCAUCAGCUCUAUCUAUGGCCAUGAGUAGACAAUGACGUUCUUUCUGGAGCUAGCAAGUACUUGAUCAGACCUUUAUCAAUGGAAGUAACCAAGUGUAGGUCUCAUAUUGAGGUGGUGUUUUAUCAUUUUGGCCUCCUGAAAAGUAAAAGUACCAUUUCUACACAGCUUCACUUCUUCAUUCGGCUCAUGUUGAAUGCAACAUUUGCACAGCUGAGGAGGGUCACUGCUUUUAAGAGUAUGCUAGCUACCUAUUUUACAGAUAGAGAAUAUAUUUGAUAUACAUGAUGUUACGCUAGAGGGAGUGCUUUGUUUUACCCCACCUGUGGCACAGCUAGUGAUGCCAAGUUUGUACAGCUGCUCUGUACUGAACCUACAUGACUGGAAAUUACUUGUUUAAGGGGGUGUUUUGAAGUAGGGUAGUAUGAGGUAUUUAUCCAUAGUCAUUGUAUUACCUACAGUAGAUGAUGGUCAGCACGCCCCCAGUUUUGGAGAAACAUACAGGAGUACCAGCACAGGUUCAAAGCCACC